AUGAGUGUGCGUCACCUUGGCGGGGCGCUGCGCUGGGUUGUGAUCGAGUCCCUUGAGGAGCGGCUCGGGGCAAUGCAGGAGCGACUGCAGGGGUGGGGCGUGACAGCAGUGAUGCUUGGCACCGACACGGCCUCAAGUGAUUUGCAGCAAUGCCGGGAAGUUGGGCUGAAGAGGGAUAUAAAUUUGGCAGCCGAGUACGCCGCGGCCCAGAAAGAAGAAAAACAACCUUUUGUCCCCACUGAGGACCGCAGCGGAUCCCAGGAACCGUUGCUGCGUCGUCAACUACGCGUGUUGGAACAGCUGAGCGCCUUGAUUUUGGAGCAAAUAGCGAAGUGCCGUGGUGCCGGUGAGGAAACCCGUCUUGGGGGACUUGAAGAAGAGUUGCGGGAGGCAGUGGAGUUAAGAUCCAGUGCCACCAAUUGCCUUCAGGCAUGUUUGACUGAAGAGGGGCGGACAAGCAGCGAAGUAAACACGCUCUCUUCGGACUGCACCUCGGAAAGCUCAAACUUGGCUUCUGUUUAUCGUGCCGUUUCUUCAACAUCAAAUGACCACAACGAGGUGAAGGGCAAUGUGCCUUCAAAUGAAUGCCGAGCAGCGAGUGCAUUUUUUGCUCCUAGCCGAAAUGGUGAGUUAUUUCAUCGUCGUUCAGCAUCCGCAUUGGAAACAGACCCUCAAUUUACAAGUGUUUCCAUGGAAGGAUGGAUGGAUAGGAAAUCGAGCUCCCCAAGGGCUGGCACGACGAACAAGAAACGCCCUGCUAGUUCUUCGACACCGAGACGUCCGCAAAAAAAUACAGAACGCUUCUAUGUUUACGGUGUCGCCAUGGUACCCGAACGUCCAAAGACCAAACGCCCUGCCACGGCCAAAGCCUCCCGAAGAGAUUGCAUGUGUGGCGGCGAUCACGACAGUAUCACCAGUCAUUGUGGAGAUCUCGAGCCGAAGGAAAUGAAGGAGUUUAAUUUGACUGACAAGGAGGUUGAAGUGGUGGAUGCAGCAGGGGUUGGUGUUUCCGUUGUGGUGCGGCGUAUGUUACGUCCCUCAAGGCAACAGACGCAAUCGAAAUGCCGCGUUUCACCUGAUUCAAUGAAUAAAAUUCGCAUGACGUAUCGUCCUGCACUAACAGUGCGACGGGAUGUAAGAAAAAGCAGGCUACAGGAAAUUGUUCCAGGUCUACGUGAGUCAACUGAAGCUGCCGCAGUGGCAGUUGACGCGGCGAGGGCGGCGGUGGCAGCGUCAUCAUCUUCCGCACCACACACCCCGUGUGCCUCCGCUGUUCAGGGGUCAGGGAAGCAGCAAAGCAGCAGUAUCGGUCAUUUACAUCAAGGCAGCGAGGAAUGGAAGAAACAGGGCAGAAAACGAUCCGGUUAUACCACUCGACGUUCCCGCUCUUUUAAUCCUGACUCCGAGUUCAUACAAGUCUGCCGUGAACGAGGAAACAGGUGUAUGCGGAAUAAGCAGUACGAGGCCGCAGUCAAGGCGUACAGUGAGGCGAUUGAGCGGGAUCCUGAAAACGAUAUUAUUCUUUGUAAUCGAGCGGCAGCGUAUUUUCUUCUCAAUCAAUACGUUCUUACUCUUAUGGACUGCGAGUCUGUGUUGAGUCGCUCUCCUUCCAACCUCAAGGCGCAUUGGCGAGCGGCGAAGGCCCUCCUUUACACAAAUAAUGUUCAAGCUGCAAGACGCCACUACCGUGUUGCCCGUGAAAUGUGUGUAAAUCUAGUGGAAGAGCGUGCAAUUGCGGAGGAGAUGAAGGCUCUGCGUGCUUAUGAGAUGUACUACGUUUACAUGAAGGAGUGCCGUUGGAUUGACAGCGUAGAGUGUGCUGAUCAGUUGCUUCGUGCAUUUGGCUCCACAGGAGUAGUUGGCCUGCCGUGGCAGUGCCGCAAGUUAGAGGCCCUUCUAAAUUUGGACUCUUGGCGUACGUUGGAGGAUAUUAAGAGGCUUCGAAAAGCCUAUCCAAAAUACGCGGAGCUUCUAUUUCUCCAUGCAAAGUGCCUGUUUUAUUGUGUGCACGAUCCGAACUCAACAGGGGAAAUUUUGGAACUUGUUCAGGCCGCUUGUCGCCAGAAAGAAAUUGAAGGCUGUUCUCAAGACAGCCGUUAUACUCAUCUCGAGCGUACCGUGGUCUCUUUUGAGCAUCAUCGCGACCGGGGUAAUACAGCGUACGAAAGUGGUGAUUGGAUGGAAGCAUAUACGGCGUACACGCGAUGCCUCACACUUGAUCCACUUAAUAAAUCACUUAUUGCCGUUACGUACUGUAAUCGUGCCGCCGCUUCCAUGCAAUGUGGUCGAUGGAACGAUGCUUUGAGUGAUGUUCACCGUUCCAUUCAGAUUAAUGGUAACAAUGCCAAGGUGUAUGCACGUCGAGCACGUAUUUAUCUCCAUUUUAUGCGUGAUAAGGCCAGGGUGGGUAUUGACUAUCUUCAAUUUGCGAUUAACGACCUUAGAAGAGCCGUAGAGCUUGCCCCAACCGAUGAAAAUCGACAGCAACUUGCUGAGGCAAUGAAACUAAAGGAAAGGGAAGAGCGGAGCAAAGAUUCUCGUUCCAGUGACGGUAACGAGGACACAGACAGGGGGAGGAAUCCCAAUGAAACCCCGAGGUUCUGUUCCAAUGAUGCAAACAGUGCUUCUGGUGGGCCACGGCAAAAGACAUACGGCCACAGCGGAGACGCUCCAAAUAUCUUUGCGUCAGAGAACUCAAAGGCGCACUGUACGAAGGUGCUGGGGUUGGAGAACACCGCCGGAUUAGACGCGAGGUCACUGACGAGGGCGUAUCGCGAGGCAGCGUUGCGGUGGCACCCUGACAGAUGGAUCGGCUCUGGUCCGGGAGAACACGAAGCUGCCGAGCAAAAAUUCAAAGAAAUUCACACGGCAUACCAAACUCUGAAAGAAACGAUGGUGCGAUGA